GCCAAAUGUGCAUAUAUGAUCAUCAUCAUGGCUGUGUACUGGUGCACUGAAGUGAUCCCACUGGCUGUUACCUCCCUCAUGCCUGUGGUAUUUUUCCCUCUGCUUGGAGUUCUGAGCUCUAAAUCAGUGUGCUUUCAGUACCUAAAUGACACAAGCAUGCUCUUCGUUGGAGGGCUGAUUGUUGCAAUUUCUGUUGAACAUUGGAAUCUUCACAAAAGGAUUGCACUGAGGGUCCUGCUGAUUCUUGGGGCGAAACCUGCACUCCUCAUGCUGGGAUUUAUGAUUGUCACUGCUUUCCUGUCCAUGUGGAUAAGUAACACAGCCACCACUGCUAUGAUGGUUCCCAUUGUCCAGGCUGUCCUGGAUCAAAUGAACAACACAGAGUACGAUAUGACCAUGAUGGAACAAGCAACUGGGCAAACAAAUAAGGUGAUCGAGCUGGAGGAAAAGAAUGCAUCAGAUCCCACUUCAGUGCAUGCCAUGAGCAGUGGACAAGACCCCGAUGACCCCAGAUCUGAGGAAAAGAAGAGGAGGAAGCAGAUAUGUAAGGCAAUGACACUUUGCAUAUGCUAUGCUGCCAGCAUUGGAGGAACUGCAACACUCACUGGAACAGCACCAAACGUGGUAUUGAAAGGCCAGAUGAAUCAGUUAUAUCCCAACAAUAAUGAUACUGUGAAUUUUGCUUCCUGGUUUGUGUUUUCAUUCCCAAACAUGAUUCUGAUGUUGGUACUAGCUUGGCUUUGGUUACAGUGCUCCUUCAUAGGACUCAACUUUAAGGAAAGCUGGGGCUGUGGAACAGAGAAAAGUGAUAAAGAAAAAGCUGCGUACAAUGUGCUGAAGACAGAAAUGAAGAAGUUAGGCCCUAUCUCUUAUGCUGAAUUCAAUGUCCUCCUAAUGUUUAUUUUGCUGGUUCUCUUGUGGUUUUCCAGACACCCAGGCUUUAUAAAAGGCUGGGCUGCCGGAAUGUUCCCAGGAGGAGAAAAGUAUAUCACUGAUUCUGCUCCUGCUAUGUUUAUUGCCUUGCUGCUCUUUAUCCUACCUGCUAACAAACCCAAAUUCACAGGCUGGAAUUCAAGCACAUCUGACCCUGAACAGACUGAAGAAGAUAUAAAAAAGCCCUUUUUAUCAGCCCCGCUGCUAGAGUGGAAUGUGGUUCAAAGGAAGAUGCCCUGGAGCGUUGUGCUGCUGCUGGGAGGAGGUUUUGCUUUGGCUGAUGCAAGCGCAAAAUCUGGGCUCUCAGUUUGGCUGGGUCAUCAAAUGACUCCAUUAGGAUCCAUCCCACCAUGGGCCAUUGCAACAGUAAUUUCACUUAUAGUAGCUGUCUUCACGGAAUGCACCAGCAAUGUCGCCACAGCCACCCUCUUCCUACCUGUCUUUGCAUCCAUGGCUGCAUCUGUCAAAAUCAAUCCUUUGUAUCUUAUGCUUCCUGGUACUCUCAGUACUUCCCUUGCCUUCAUGCUACCUGUUGCAACACCACCAAAUGCGAUAGUGUUUUCCUAUGGCCACAUCCAUGUUUGGGAUAUGGUUAAAGCCGGAGUAGUGAUGAACAUCAUUGGAGUCUUCUGUGUCUCAGUGGCCAUCAACACAUGGGGAAGACCUAUGUUUGGGCUGGACACAUUCCCAACCUGGGCAAACACCACAGCUAUCCCGUGA